CUGGGUGGGGUUCAAGAGAAGCCAAAGGUGCCGGGACUUUCUUGGCUCAGUUUACUGUAGUAGAUCCACUGUGAUCAUCAUUUGGAUCUCCCACACACACACGGAUAGCACAAAGUUAAGGUGAUAAACAAUGAGCACAGGUGGCAAGGGUGACCCUCCUCCCUAUAUUAUCCCAGUGGGUGGAGAGGAUGGCGUUAGGGUGUACCACUUGCACACCCCAUUCACCCCCCCCUCGACUACCAUCGAAGGCUUCCCAGCUGGAGGUGCUGCCAAUGAUGACUACGUCACCACCGCCCAAGUACAAAAUGUGAAUGCAGGCCAGGUGGCAGCGCCGUCCACAGAGACUGAUGGCGUGAAGCGAUUCGUGAGCGAGGACCGCCAGCUGGGUAACAACCCCGGCAUGACCACCUGUCCUUCGUGCCAACAGCAGGUCCUCACCGAGGUGCAGUACAAGGUCGGGACCUACGCAUGGAUCAUGUGCUUCGUGUUCAUCCUCUGCGGGUUGGUGUUGUGCUGCUGUCUCAUACCCCUCCUCCACAAGCACUUCAAAGACGCCUACCACUCGUGCCCCAGGUGCCACCGCAUAUUGCACGUGGAGAAGAAGAAGUGCUGCUCUUGACCUCCCGGCCUCCAUCUGGGCUCUGGGCCUCCAUCUUGGCUCUGGGCCCCUGGCCAGUUGCACUGGCGUCCUUCUGUCCUCUGUUGCCAGAGCUGUCCAUCCCGGAUUCAGAAAGUAAAGAUCGAAAACGCUGCCAGGCUCCAUAUUUCCUUAAGACACACACAAGGUAACAAGGUGAAGAGACUUCACAGAGUAACUGCAUCCACCCGAAUUGAGUGUCGAACAUGAAUUUCAGCGUUGAUGCUCAGAGCUGGUUGGAUGAAAUUUGUGGCGGUGUUUUCUUUCUUCUGUCUGAAUCCGGGAUUGAUUCCUCUGGUCUGGCACACUGAGGGUGGACUAGAGAGGGAAGCUCUUGCUGUGGCUGGAGUAGUUGUUUAUUAUACUGUAGGUAAACUGAAGAAGGUUAUGGGUUAUGAAGAAGGACAGUGACUCUAAAGGAUCUUGGACUCCUGGAGUAGUCCCCUGCAAAUCAAUCAGUGUCUCUCUGCCAUCUUUGUUACUGUUCAGGAUCAGGAUUUGCUCUUGUUAUUAAUCAGGGCACUCACUCACUUGUUCUGUGUUUCCAUGUUAAUAUUAGAUUAUUACACAUUGUGUUCUAUGGUCACGUGAUGCUGCCGGUAACAAAGCGUAGAGCACUUUCAAGAACUGCAGAAUGUGCAAUAGAAAACUGUAAGCUGUCAUUUUAAAAAUGUUAUGAUCAAUAUUAAAAAGAAUCAGUAUGUAUUUGGUGAUAAAUAAUCUAAAAGGAUGUUAUUUUGAUUGGCAUUUAUUUUUCUAUGUAUAUAAAGUAUUUCCAGUUAUUGUG